GUGAGGAAGUAGAUUCAUCUUUUCAUCAUUUAACGCCCAGCAGCUUCCAGACUGUGACAGUUAACAGCCGAGAAGAGACAGAAGACGGACUGAAGCACGAUGGUUGAAUUCUGGAUUCAAAUGUCUUCAUUUCUGAUUCUGCUGCUUCACUUUACAGGUGAUGCAGCAACAACGAUGGAGGCAACAACGAUGGAGGCAACAUCACAAGAAGCUCGUGCAGAUUGUUCUGUUCUGGACUACAUCAUGUUGGUUAUGCGUGUGGCUGAACUCCUCCUAAUUACUGUGAUCACUGUUCUUCUCAUCAGAGCUCGAGGGAACCAGAGACCACCUGAAGACAACACGGUUUCAUACUCAGCAAGAAGACGAAGAGUGAUGCGUUCAGGUGCAGCAGACAGUCAGGUGAAUACUGAUGAAGAUGAAGAUGAUGGUGUGGUGAAAUAUGAAAACUGAUCGACCACAUCGACAUCGACUCAUCAGAGAAAAGACUCAGUGCAGUUUAAUGACGUCACAUUAACACGAGUAGUUGAAGCCUUCAGAUGACAAAAAUCUCAUAAGAUCAUUUUUAGUUUUGGAUGACUGUUUGUUUUUGUUUUUAUUCAUCAAAUCACAUCACAAAUAUGUGCUGAACCAUUUUUAAUUUCAACUCUUCACUUCAUGUCAUAUCAGGAAGCCCGCUGUGAGUUUUAUCAGAUGUUUUUUUUCCUUCAUCGUUUGUAAAAAUCUUUAUUUUCUGCAGCCAGUUCAGAACACAGCAGCUGUGUUUAACUUCAUCUAACAGGAAACAUCAUUUCACUCUUGUUAACGUCCUUAAAUUGUUUUCCACUUGAAGAAUUCAGACCUGAUUUGAAGAUGUACUGCUUGUUUUUGAAGCUCCAGCCUCUUGAGCUCAGUUUCAUGUCUCUGUGUACAGAAGAACUCAUUUUAAUCACUUUCAUUUAACAUUGUUGUUCACAUAUUUGUUGAGAUGUUUAUGUGCUUGGCUUGAAUGUGUCUGAAGUCUGAAAGGAGUCAGUAACAGUCUCCUCUUUUUAUAUCUGAUGACAAUAUAAUCUGCAAAUAAAGAAAUGUUUAGCGCUUCAUUCUA